AUGAUCCUCCUUCCCAAGCCGCCCUACAAGCAAGGCGUAAAGCACAUACCUGUACGACCUGUUCCGGGGUUAACACUGAAACCGCCCUAUGUGGGUAACGAGGAGGGGUACGAACCAAGGCCGGAAGACGAUGGAUUUGUAUCGGUGAGCUCGGAGGAGCAAGGGGUGAGGGCAGCUGCAGUGCUGGCCAAAAAGACGCUGCAGAAGGCGAGGGAACUAGUGAAACCCGGCCUCACAACAGACGAGCUAGACGCCAAGCUCCACGAGUUCAUCUGUUCCCACGGCGCCUAUCCCUCCCCAUUAGCAUACCACGGUUUCCCGAAGUCCAUCUGCACAAGCGUGAACAACGUCAUUGCUCAUGGCAUACCCGACGCCCGCCCACUCGAAGACGGGGACAUCGUCAAUGUCGACGUUACAGUAUUCCUUCAUGGGUGGCAUGGCGACACCUCCGCAACGUUCCUUGUGGGCAACGUUGACCCUCGAGGCCGGGAGCUGGUCCGCGCCGCCGAGGAUGCGCUUGAAGCGGGCAUCAAAGCCUGUCGCCAUGGCCAGCAUUUCAGGAACAUCGGCGCAUCGAUAGAAGAGUGCAUUCGAGAGCGGUAUCCAGGGAUGCGCGUGAACCGCCAGUUUUCGGGACACGGAAUAGGGAUGGUGUUCCAUAGGCCGCCUUGGAUCCUGCAUCAUGACAAUGACGAGCCAGGAAGGAUGUCCCAGGGGAUGUGCUUCACUAUUGAGCCGUGUAUCGUCGACGACGAAGAUGCAAGAGGUUGGCUGUGGCCAGAUGGAUGGACCGUCUCCACCGAAACAGGAGCAAGAAGCGCUCAGGCAGAACAUAUGGUGCUCAUCCGUGAGGAUGGAAUUGAGGUGCUCACACGGUGA